AUGUUAUCUGCGCAGCGGCAGACAAAGAAUGAUGAAACACCAUUUAAGAGUUCUACGACGACAGCUGCGAGUCCUACUGACGAAAUAUGUAACGUCAAUACAAACGCACGAGAGAGUGGCAACACUUAUAAUGAUUCGGAAAAUUUACGCUUAACUAUGAGAACCAUCAUGCAAGAAGAGCUACAUGUUAUUGUAAGGGAGGCAAUUAGAGAAGAGUUCUCAUCAUUGAGAAAAGAGAUGCGCAGCUUUGAGGAUUCUUUAAGCUACAUGAAUGCCAAAUUUGAGGAUAUGAAGACUAAAGUAGAGGCCUACAUGCAAGAUACCAAGCAACUCCGUACUGAAAGUGAAUUGCUCCAACGCAAAGUUAAAGACCUAGAAUCAAGAUUGUCAGUAAUGGAACAAGAUUCCCGGCAGAAUAACAUAGAAAUCCACUGUCUUCCGGAGCAUAAACAUGAAAACCUGAUUAAUGCAAUGAUGCAAAUUGGCAAAGUGAUAGGUUUUACUCUAUCUGAAACUGAUGUUUUAUCUUGUAAUCGUGUACAAAAGCAAAACAAUACGUCGAAUUUGCCUAAAAAGUUGUAUGUAGACUUGUUAAUAAGAUGA